AUGACACACAGCAGCUCGUCCUUCCAACUAGAACUGGACCAGAUAGAUGUUACUGGCGACUCAGUGCCAUGGGACUCCAACAUCCCCCAGCUGGCAAAGUUCAACGACUUCAAAACCAUAGACUGGGUCAAUGACAACCUACAGAGUAAUAAAAGAAAACUAUUCCUACAGAAAACACAAUCAAACUUCAAACUAUUGAAGAUAUACCAAUCCUUACAGACCUAUAUCAUACUCACGCUGGUCGGUAUAACUAUCGGUGUUGUCGCUGGGAGUUUGAACAUCGUUACUGAAUAUCUAUCAAACUUACGAACCGGUUAUUGUUCUUCACAUUUCUAUCUAAAUAGGAAUUUCUGCUGCUGGGGUGAAUUAAACGAAUCUCAAUGUUCCAAUUGGGUGGAAUAUUCAUCUUUUGCACCAUUCAACUAUAUAAUGUUCAUUUCCAUUUCGUUAACACUGGGGUUUAUUGCUUGUUCGUUAGUGCUACACUAUGCGCCUGCUGCUGCUGGUUCAGGAAUCUCAGAGAUCAAAUGCAUAGUCUCAGGCUUCACCCUGAGUGGGUUUUUAAACACUUGGACUUUUAUAAUCAAGGCAAUUGGGCUACCCUUGGCCAUUGCUUCCGGGCUAAGUGUGGGUAAAGAAGGUCCCUCUGUUCAUUAUGCUGUUUGUGUGGGGAGUAUUAUCUCCAAAAUCUUGCUAAGACGUGAAUCUUCAAAGACAAGUUCAUCCUUGACUUUUAAAAACAUAUUGGUUGCUUCAAGUGCUGCUGGUGUUGCUGUUGCGUUUGGUAGUCCAAUGGGUGGUGUCUUGUUCUCCAUUGAGGAGAUUUCAAACAUGUUUAAGUUGUCAACAAUGUGGGAAUCUUAUUAUUGUUCAUUAGUUGCAGUGUUCAUAUUGAAAUUGAUGAAUCCUUUCAGAACUGGGCAAGUCGUUAUGUUUGAAGUUUCUUAUGAUCAGGAUUGGCAUUUCUUAGAGAUCCCAUUCUUUAUAAUCUUGGGAUUAUUUGGAGGUGGAUACGGUAUCCUAAUUAGUAAAUUCAAUAUCAAGACGGUUAGUUUCAGAAGGAAAUUCCUUACAAAUUUCGCAAUGAAGGAAGUCCUCACAUUAGCUUUAAUAACAUCUGUCAUUUCAUAUUUUAAUGAUUUUUUAAAAUUGGAUAUGACUGAAGGCAUGCAAAUAUUAUUUGAAGCUUGUAAUGAUUCUUUUGAAAAUCAUAAAAUUUGCAACCUUUCCACAAAUUAUAAAAUCUUCAACACUUUAACAACCCUGAUCUUGGCAACAAUCAUUAGAAUGGUUUUAAUCAUCCUAACUUAUGGUUGUAAAGUCCCAGCUGGUAUAUUUGUCCCAUCAAUGGCCUGUGGAGCAACAUUCGGUAGAGCCCUGGGUAUAUUGGUUCAAAUUGCCCACAAGAAUUUCCCCAAUUCAAAAUACUUCACAACUGGUUGUCUUGCUGAUAAUUCAAAAUGUAUCACGCCGGGGACUUAUGCAUUCUUGGGUGCAGGUGCUGCUCUAAGUGGGAUCACUCAUUUGACUGUCACCGUUGUGGUGAUUAUGUUCGAAUUGACUGGUGCUUUGAAAUAUAUCAUUCCAACAAUGAUUACAGUCGCUGUGACAAAGAUCAUUAAUGAUAAGUAUGGGAAAGGUGGGAUUGCUGAUCAAAUGAUUGUUUUCAAUGGGUUGCCAUUCAUUGAUCCUCAUGAAGAUCAUGAUUUUUUUGAACAUCCUGUUGAUGAUGCAAUGUGUGUGAAGACUGCUUCGUUGCCUGAAACUGGGUUGACUUUGGAAAAUUUGAGGAUUAUCAUUUCCGAUACUGACUUCCAAACUUUCCCCAUAAUUCAAAGUUUGCAAAAUCCAUUGAUUAAGGGAACAAUUGGAAGAGAUGAAAUAAUUGCAGUUUUAGAUAAAUCAUCAUCAUCACCAGAUAUACCAUGCAAAUUCACUCCUUCAAAUAAAACAAACUGUCUAGAUUUCAGUCAUUAUAUAAAUGAAGCACCAAUAUCUGUGGAAUUGGGCACUCCAUUAGAAACAGUGCUGGAUGUUUUCCAUAAAGUUGGACCGAAAUGUAUACUAGUCCAACAUGAAGGUUUACUACAAGGUUUGAUUACAAGAAAGGACAUCCUAAAAUAUGAAUACUAUUUACAUCAUUCACAUCAUCAUGAAGAUACAAAUGAAUUGAAGUUCCAGAAAGAUGAUUUAAUCUGGGACAAGAUCCAACAUAUUGAUCAAAUAAUCACAACGUUCUACCAAAGAAUCAUUAUAAAAUUAACAUCUUCAAGAGGUCGUUAUACUCAACUAGAUCAACAAUAA